AUGGAUCUCCCCCCGUCGUUGGAGGCCAGAAGGAUAACUGCCCUUCCUCCGGCAGCAUAUUAUAUUGCAGACUUCAUCACCGAGUACGAGGAACAGGCCAUCCUGCACAAGGUCGAAACCGCACCCAAGGCAAGAUGGAGACAACUCACACAUCGACGUUUGCAGACUUGGCCCUCGGAUGUUGUCAACGACACACUGCUCGAUGCUCGGCCGCUGCCCGACUGGCUUGAAGACCCCGUUGUAUCGCGUAUCUUCUCGAUUCCUCUCUCAGAAGGCGGAGCCAACAUAUUCGCCACUAGCCCUCACCAGCGGCCAAACCAUGUGCUCAUCAACGAAUACCCUCCCAAUACGGGCAUUAUGCCGCACAAGGAUGGCGGCGCCUACCAUCCCGUUGUGUGCACGGUGAGCCUCGGGUCGAGCUUGUGCCUCAACCUGUACAAGAGUAAGGAGGAUGGUGCACUGGAACCCGAGCCGGUAUGGAGAAUUCUGCAAGAGCCUCGCAGUCUCUUGAUUACCACUGCAGAUCUUUAUUCCGAGUAUCUCCAUGGCAUUGAGCCGACUUCGACCGACGUAGACAUCUCGGAGAAGACCAUCGCGAACUGGACAUUGCUGCGCUCGCCGUCACUCUAUCACAACGGGAUCAAUGUGCGACAGACGCGCAUCAGCCUCACAUACCGCGAUGUGCUCAAGGUCUCCAAGCUUGGGAGCAAGAUUGGGCCCAUGUUCAAGCGGCCGUGA